AUGAGGGCUAUGCUGGGAUUCCUGUUUCUGUUUCUCAUCCAAAGACAGUGCUGCUUUGGUUGUGCUGUGAGUGAGGAACAGCGCCCCCAGGUGACAUAUCUACUCAACCAGAUGAUCCAAUCUGCCACUGCUCCAGGAGCCCUGCCAAACCCCAGUGUCUUGUUGGCUCUUCAGCUGGCUCAAGAUGACAGUAACAGCACUAAACAAAUGCUGCUUCAGAGGAUUGCCCAGGAUGCAGUAGACAGGGUGGAGAAUGGAAAAUCUUUCCCUUCAGGCCAGGUAGCCCUCUAUGCCCUGGCUCAUCAGGCUUCUUGCUCUGAUCCCAGAAAAGUGUCUGCCAAAGGAAUUACUCUUGAUCUGGUGCAACUGUUGGAAAAGAAGUUCAAGAGGGAACUGGAGAACAUCAAGAUCACUGGCAAUCCCCUGAGCAACUAUUACCAGCUUGGCUUGUGUGUUCUCACCCUCUGCCAACUUCAUGGCAGCCUCUCAGUCAGUACAACAGCAGAUCUGUUCACUCCAGACCAAAAAAAGUAUUACUUUGAUGGCCAUUUCUCUGUAGACACAGCAUCAGUAGCAGUCCUUGCUCAGGUUUGUUUACAGACGACAGAUACAUCCAUGCUGCCAGAGGCAAAUGAAACAAUGACAGCAAAUAUACAAUGGCUGCUGAACAACAUCCUGGAACAGAAAACAAGUGAUGGUGUGAUUGGGAACAUGUACAGCACUGGGGAGGCCAUGCAGGCAUUGUCUGUGGCCAGAAACUAUCCUGCAGCUGGAUCGUGGAAUUGCUGCCAGACUUUGGACAAAGUCGUAAGUGAGAUACCUAAAGGCACUUUUGAUCACCCCAUGGCUGCAGCCCAACUCGUUCCCUCCUUGGAGGGUCGGAACUACCUUGAUGUGAGCACUGUGAACUGCUCUAUAGAAAAAGAUGAUCUCAUCCUAACUAGUCUGCCAACCAUCCAAUCCAUCAGUCACUUCCGGUCCAGCAACCCUAUUACAGUCAUGUACAUGGUCACUGAUAGUGUGAGCAAUACCUUCACUGAUUCCACUGUACUCUCUGUCCCAGAGGGCUCAGUCUUAUUCAGAGUAAUGGAAGUUGCACAGGAAAAAGACCCAGAUAGAUUCAGGUUCACAUAUGAGAAUACUACCUGGGGCCCAUACAUCACAUCAGUGCAAGACUUGGCAGCUGACAGCAGUGAGCGGACUUACUGGCAGCUCUUGAGCGGGGAAACUCCUUUGAGCAAAGGUGCUGGGGAAUAUGUUGUGUCUGAUGGAGAGAGCUUGGUGGUAAAAUUCACCACUUACUGA